AAUAUCCGGGAACCCAGCAGAGUUUACCAUUGAGUAGAAACACAUUGAACAGUGAAGAUGAGUGGAAGAGGCAAAGGAGGAAAAGGACUCGGUAAAGGAGGCGCAAAGCGUCACCGUAAAGUGCUCCGUGAUAACAUCCAGGGAAUCACCAAGCCCGCUAUCCGCCGUCUGGCUCGCCGUGGUGGAGUGAAGCGUAUCUCCGGUCUAAUCUACGAGGAGACCCGCGGUGUGUUGAAGGUGUUCCUGGAGAAUGUGAUCCGUGAUGCCGUCACCUACACCGAGCACGCCAAGAGAAAGACCGUGACCGCCAUGGAUGUGGUGUAUGCUCUGAAGAGGCAGGGACGCACUCUGUACGGCUUCGGAGGUUAAACACGCACCGUCCGUUUAUUGAGACCAAAGGCCCUUUUAAGGGCCACA